AUGCCUUGUCCAGGAGCUUGCCUGGUCAAGAAGCUUGCCUGGUCCACGAGCUCACCUGGUGAAGGAGCUUGCCUGGUUCAGGAGCUUGCCGUGUCCAGGAGCGUGCCUGGUCCAGAAGUGCAAGCUCGUGGACCAGGCAAGCUCCUUUCCAUCACCCCGCCCCAUUCUCCCGCUUUCCGUCACCCCGCCCCAUUCUCCUACUUUCCAUCACCCCGCCCCAUUCUCCCUCUUUCCAUCACCCCACCCCAUUCUCCCGCUUUCCAGCACCCCGCCCCAUUCUCUCGCUUUCCAUCACCUGGCCCCAUUCUCCCGCUUUCCAUCACCCGCCCCAUUCUCCCGCUUUCCAUCACCCCGCCCCAUUCUACCGCUUUCCAUCACCCCGCCCCAUUCUCCCUCUUUCCAUCACCCCGCCCCAUUCUCUCGCUUUCUAUCACCCCGGCCCAUUCUCCCGCUUUCCAUCACCCCGCCCCAUUCUCCCGCUUUCCAUCACCCCGCCCCAUUCUCCGGCUUUUCAGCACCCCGCCUGAUUCUCCCGCUUUCCAGCACCCCGCCCCAUUCUCCGGCUUUCCAUCACCCCGCCCCAUUCUCCCGCUUUCCAUAAAGCCGCCCCUUUCUCCCACUUUCCAUCACUCCACUCAAUUCUCCCGCCCGCCCCAUUCUCCCGCUUUCCAUCACCCCGCCCCGUUCUCUCCCUUUCCAUCACCCCGCCCCUUUCUCCCGCUUUCCAUCACCCCGCCCCAUUCUCCCGCUUUUCAUCACCCCACCCCGUUCUCCCGCUUUCCAUUACCCCGCCCCAUUCUUCUGCUUUCCAUCACCUCGCCUUAUUCUCUCUCUUUCCAUCACCGCGCCCCAUUCUCCCUCUUUCCAUCACCCCGACCCAUUCUCCCGCUUUCCAUCACCCACCCUAUUCUCCCGCUUUCCAUCACCCCGCCCCAUUCUCCCGCUUUCCAUCACCCCACCCCAUUCUCCCGCUUUCGAUCACCCCGCCCCAUUGUCCCGCUUUCCAUCAGCCCGCCCCAUUCUCCCGCUUUCCAUCACCCCGCCCUGUUCUCCCGCUUUCCAUCAACCCGCCCCAUUCUCCCGCUUUCUAUCACCCCGCCCCAUUCUCCCGCUUUUCAUCACCCUACCCCAUUCUCCCGCUUUCCAUCACCCCGCCCCAUGCUUCUUCUUUCCAUCACCUCGCCUUAUUCUCUCUCUUUCCAUCACCCCGCCCCAUUCUCCCUCUUUCCAUCACCCCGACCCAUUCUCCCGCUUUCCAUCACCCACCCUAUUCUCCUGCUUUCCAUCACCCCGCCCCAUUCUCCCGCUUUCAAUCACCCCGCCCCAUUCUCCCGCUUUCCAUCAUCCCGCCCCAUUCUCCCGCUUUCCAUCACCCCGUCCCAUUCUCCCGCUUUCCAUCACCCCGCCCCAUUCUCCUGCUUUCCGUCACCCCGCCCCAUUCUCCCGCUUUCAAUCACCCCACCCCAUUCUUCCGCUUUCCAUCACCCCACCACAUUCUCCUGCGUUCCAUCUCCCCGCCCCAUUCUCCCGCUUUCCAUCACCCCGCCCCAUACUCCCGCUUUCCAUCACCCCGCCCCAUUCUCCCGCUUUCCAUCACCCCGCCCCAUUCUCCCGCUUUCCAUAAAGCCGCCCCUUUCUCCUGCUUUCCAUCACUCGGCUCAGUUCUCCCGCUUCCCAUCACCCCGCCCCAUUCUCCCGCUUUCCAUCACCCCGCCCCUUUCUCCCUCUUUACAAACCCCGCCCAAUUCUCCCUCUUUCCAGAACCCCGCCCCAUUCUCCCGCUUUCAAUCAACCACCCCAUUCUUCCGAUUUCCAUUACCCCACCCCAUUCUCCCGCUUUCUAUCACCCCGCCCCAUUCUCCUACUUUCCAUCACCCGCCCCAUUAUCCCUCUUUCCAUCACCCUGCCCCAUUCUCCUGCUUUCCAUCAACCCACCCCAUUCUCCUUCUUUCUAGCACCCCACCCCAUUCUUCCGCUUUCCAUCACCCCGCCCCAUUUUCCCGCUUUCCAUCACCCCACCCCAUUCUCCCACUUUCCAUCACCCCGCCCCAUUCUCCCGCUUUCCAUCACCCCUCCCCAUUCUUCUGCUUUCCAUCACCUCGCCUUAUUCUCCCUUUUUCCAUCACCCCGCCCCAUUCUCCCUCUUUCCAUCACCCUGACCCAUUCUCCCGCUUUCCAUCACCCACCCUAUUCUCCCCCUUUCCAUCACCCCACCCCAUUCUCCCGCUUUCCAUCACCCCGCCCCAUUCAACCUCUUUCCAUCAACCCGCCCCAUUGUCCUGCUUUCCAUCAGCCCGCCCCAUUCUCCCUCUUUCCAUCACCCCGCCCCAUUCUCCUGUUUUCCAUCACCCCGCCCCAUUCUCCCGCUUUCCAUCACCCCGCCCCAUUCUCCUGCUUUCCAUCAACCGGCCCCAUUCUCUCGCUUUCCAUCACCCCGCCCCAUUCACCCUCUUUACAAACCCUGCCCCAUUCUCCCUCUUUCCAUCAUCCGCCCCAUUCUCCCGCUUUCCAUCACCCCGCCUCAUUCUUCUGCUUUCCAUCACCUCGCCUUAUUCUCUCUCUUUCCAUCACCCCGCCCCAUUCUCCCUCUUUCCAUCACCCCGACCCAUUCUCCCGCUUUCCAUCACCCACCCUUUUCUCUUGCUUUCCAUCACCCCGCCCCAUUCUCCCGCUUUCCAUCACCCCGCCCCAUUCUCCCGCUUUCCAUCACCCCGCCUCUUUCUCCCGCUUUCCAUCACCCCGCACCGUUCUCCUGCUUUCCAUCACCCCGCCCCUUUCUCCCGCUUUCCAUCACCCCACCCCCUUCUUCCGCUUUCGAUCACCCCACCACAUUCUCCUGCCCGCCCCUUUCUCCUGCUUUCCAUCACUCGGCUCAAUUCUCCCGCUUCCCAUCACCCCGCCCCAUUCUCCCGCUCUCCAUCACCCCGCUGCAUUCUCCCUCUUUACAAACCCGCCCCAUUCUCCCUCUUUCCAGAACCCCACCCCAUUCUCCCGCUUUCAAUCAACCACCCCAUUCUCCCGAUUUCCAUUACCCCACCCCAUUCUCCCGCUUUCCAUCAACACGCAUCAUUCUACCUCUUUCUAUCACCCCGCCCCAUUCUCCUGCUUUCCAUCAACCCACCCCAUUCUCCCUCUUUCCAGCACCCCGCCCCAUUCUUCCGCUUUCCAUCACCCCGCCCCAUUCUCCCACUUUCCAUCACCCCGCCCCUUUCUCCCGCUUUCCAUCACCCCUCCCCAUUCUGCUGCUUUCCAUCACCUCGCCUUAUUCUCCCUCUUUCCAUCACCCUGCCCCAUUCUCCCUCUUUCCAUUACCCCGACCCAUUCUCCCGCUUUCCAUCACCCCGCCCCAUUCUCCCUCUUUCCAUCAACCCGCCCCAUUGUACUGCUUUCCAUCACCCCGCCCCAUUCUCCCUCUUUCCAUCACCCGCCCCAUUCUCCCGCUUUCCAUCACCCCGCCCCGUUGUCCCGCUUUCCAUCAGCCCGCCCCAUUCUCCCUCUUUCCAUCACCCCGCCCAUUCUCCCCUUUUCCACCACCCCGCCCCAUUCUCCUGCUUUCCAUCACCCCGCCCCAUUCUCCCGCUUUCCAUCACCCUGCCCCAUUCUCCCGCUUUCCAUCACCCCGCCCCAUUCUCCCGUUUUCCAUCACCCCGCCCCUUUCUCCCGCUUACCAUCACCCCGCCCCAUUCUCCCUCUUUAACAACCCCGCCCCAUUCUCCCUCUUUCCAUAACCCCACCCCAUUCUCCUGCUUUCAAUCAGCCACCCCGUUCUCCCGAUUGCUAUCACCCCGCUCCAUUCUCCCGCUUUCCAUCAACCCGCCCAUUAUCCCUCUUUCCAUCACCCCGUCCCAUUCUCCCGCUUUCAUCACCCCUCCCCAUUCUCCCUCUUUCCAUCACCCCGCCCUAUUCUUCCGCUUUCCAUCACCCCGCCCCAUUCUCCAGCUUUCCAUCACCCCGCCCCAUUCUCCUGCUUUUCAUCACCCCGCCCCAUUCUCCUACUUUCCAUCACCCCGCUCCAUUCUCCUACUUUCCAUCACCUUGCCCCAUUCUCCCUCUUUCCAUCACCCCGCCCCAUUCUCCCUCUUUCCAUCACCCCGACCCAUUCUCCCGAUUUCCAUCACCCACCCUAUUCUCCCGCUUUCCAUCAACCCGCCCCAUUCUCCUGCUUUCCAUCACCCCGCCCCAUUCUCCCGCUUUCCAUCACCCCGCCCCAUUCUCCCGCUUACCAUCACCCCGCCCCAUUCUCCCGCUUUCCAUCACCCCGCCCCAUUCUCCCGCUUUCCAUCACCCCGCCCCAUUCUCCUGCUUUCCAUCAACCCGCCCCAUACUCCUGCUUUCCAUCACUCCGCCCCAUUCUCCCGCUUUCCAUCACCCCGCCCCAUUCUCCUACUUUCCAUCACCCCGUCCCAUUCUCCCUCUUUCCAUCACCCGCCCCAUUCUCCCUCUUUCCACCACCCCGCCCCAUUCUCCCGCUUUCCAGAACCCCUCCCCAUUCUCUCACUUUCCAUCACUCGGCCCCAUUCUCCCGCUUUCCAUCACCCCGCCCCAUUCCCCCGCUUUCCAUCACCCCGCCCCAUUCUCCUGCUUUUCAGCACCGCGCCCGAUUCUCCCGCUUUCCAGCACCCCGCCCCAUUCUCCGGCUUUCCAUCACCCCGCCCCAUUCUCCUGCUUUCCACCACCUUGCCCCAUUCUCCGGCUUUCCAUCACCCCGCCCAAUUCUCCCUCUUUCGAUCACCUCGCCCCAUUCUCCCUCUUUCCAUCACCCCGCCCCAUUCUCUCAUUUUCCUUCACCCUGCCCCAUUCUCCCCCUUUCCACCCCCCCAUGCCCAUUCUCCCUCUUUCCAUCCCCCCCCCCCCCAUUCUCGCUCUUUCCAUCCCCCCCCGCCCCAUUCUCCUGCUUUCUAUCACCCCCGUCCAUUCUCCUGCUUUCCAUCACCCCAACCCAUUCUCCCGCUUUUCAGCACCCCGCCCCAUUCUCCCGCGUUCCAGCACCCCGCCCCAUUCUCCCGCAUUCCAUCACCCUGCCCCAUUCUCCCUCUUUCCAUCACCCCGCCCCAUUCUCCUGCUUUCCAUCACCUUGCCCCAUUUUCCCGCUUUCCAUAA